AUGGAUCAGUCCCCCACCGAUCAGUCCCCCACCGAGUAUGAUCUCGCCCCGGCCCCAUACGGCCGCGCCUGCAUGAAUUGCUCGCAGUCUAAAUGCAAAUGCAUCCUGCCCAAAGGGGGCGGGCGAUGCCAGAGGUGCCAGCGGCUGAAUAAAGAAUGUCGGCCAUCGGCGUUCCAUCGACGGCAGAAUGCACGCAAGCCCUCGAAGACAGGGCGAUUGGAGAAGAAGCUGGAUGAUUUGGUGACUCUGCUUCGCGCGCAAGCGCCUUCCCAUGCCCAUGCGGGGGAUUAUGCAGAGUUGAUUGAUGAGCUGCGACGAGAGCCAGAUGAAGACCCUCAUCACCACCCACCACCGCCACGCUCGCAGAUCAAGGUUACCCGGACAGUCUCGACGGCGGAGAGAUCCAUCGACUGUGGGUUCCUUAAUCACUUUGCUCAGGUCGGAGCGAGUACCUCCUCCCGGGAUGAGUCGAAUAAUGCAGCAAGUGCAGCAGAGCCGAGCUGGUCGCAGGCUGAAGAGUAUCUGAGCAUGUUUGUCACUCAAAAGCUACCAUAUCUGCCAUUCGUGUAUUUUCCGCCAGGAACAACAGCACAGCACCUUCGCAGUGACCGUCCGUUCCUCUGGCUUUGCAUCAUGGCAGUAACGGCAAAGAGCCCGAGUCAGCGACGCACGCUCUGCGAUAGAAUCCGCGAUACUGUAGCACAACGCAUGGUUCUAGACUGCUACGGUCGCGACCUCGACUUCCUCCUCGGUCUCAUGGUAUACAUUGCCUGGUCCAACCAGCAAAUCUUCAAGAAGCUCAAUAUGACCAUAUACAGCCAGUUCGCCACAGCCGUAGUCUUCGACCUUAUGCUCAACCAGGCCCCUGGCGGAGACAAACCAUCACUACUGUGUAUACUCCAAACCCAUCCAGACGAGGAUCCCUCCCCAUCACGAGCCCGAACAAUGGAUGAGAGACGCGCCGUGCUGGGCUGUUUUCUCUUAACCUCCAGUAUAUCCCUCUUCCUGGAAAAAAGCGAACCUCUUCGCUGGACUCCCCACAUGGACGAAUGCCUACACCACAUAAGCGAACACCCCGAAUGUCUCAACGACGAGAUCCUCGCCCAACAAGUGCACUUCCAACUCAUCAACGAGAGAAUCAACACCACCGCCACAACCACAACCGACUUCUACCACACUAGCCUCCUAUCCCCCUCCCCAUUCAGACCCCCAUUAUCAAUCUACAACCAGGCGAUAGACACCCACCUCCAACAAACCCAAAGCAAACUCACCCCCCACUCCCAACGCUACCGAAUCCUCCACCUCCACCACUCCAACACGCACCUCACGAUCCACGAAUCCGCCCUUUUAAAACCAUUCCCUAACCCCUCUACCACACAACCCCCCAAUCCUCCCCUAACAAUCAAUCAUCACCUCCACCACCUCGAAUCCCUCCACGCCUGCCUCUCCGCCGUGAACGCCUGGAUAUCCUCCUUCCUCGCCAUCCCACCAGCCGAGUACGCAGGCUUCCCCUUCCCCAUCUUCUCGCAGCUCGUGCGACACCUGGCGGCGUUGUAUCGGUUGUCUACACUUGACGAUCCGAGCUGGGAUCGGGGGUUUGUGCGCCGCACCAUCGAUCUGAUGAGUGUGAUGGAUCGGUUGAUUGGAAACCUGGGACAGGCGGCGGCGUUGGCGAGACUCGAAGCGCAGGGCGAGGAUGAGGAUGAAGAUGUGUUUUUUUAUUCGAUUGGGAAGUAUGAGUCUGUUAGGUUGAAAUGGGGAGGUGUUUUUGGGGGCAGUGCCCCUGGGAAUGGGAAUGGGGUUAAUGGGGGAGUGGUGGAGAGACAGGGGGUGCAGGAUGGGGUUGGGGGAAGUACUGGGUUGGGUCUGGGUCUGGGUCAAGCUCAGGGACAUGCACAGGCACAGGCACAGGAGAUGGGGGGUUGGGGGGCGGGUUAUGAUGAUUGGUUGUCGGAGUUUUUGAAUUCGAUGGUGCAUUGA